AUGCACCAGCUGAUUUAUGUGGACAGUGUGGUGUUCUUUGCCCAAGGACUUCAUAGGCGACGCUGCAUAGUGCCCGGGCCUUUCGGGGUAGCUGGCUAUGCGCAACCUUGCUUUCCUCCGACGGCCUGCGACCUAGCUCUGCCAGCCUUCGAGGCGAUGAAGCGCAAGAAUGAGGAUGACACCAACUGGCACUCGUGGGAGAAUAUGCAGUCGGACUGGGACGAUGUGAUGCUGAAGUUCGGCACCGGGGGCUCCCGUGCGGCUUGCUCUGUACUCCUGCGCAUGAGCUCCCCGGUCUUCAACAGCAUGCUCUCCUCGGGCAUGAGAGAGGCGCAAAACCGGACGAUCCAGGUUGAGGUGGCCACGAAGGAGGACUUUGAGAUCUUUUACAACCUGCUUAGACCUGGUGCUUUUCGGGCAGACAAGGUCACGCAGCACAACGUGGAAGCGCUGCUUACGAUCAGUGAGUAUUACCAAGUUGGUUUCCUCAAGCAUGCCUGCGAGGAUCAACUUCUCAGACUACCCGCCACACCAGACCGUCUCCUGCAAGCUGAAAACAUGGGGCUCAAGAGGCAGUAUGCCCGCUGUGCCCGAGCGCUAGCCAAGCAGUGCAUGCAAGAAGACUUGGAGCAGCUCCGAGCCGCAUCGCCCACAGCUCUGAUGGCCGUGGCCACAGCAAUGCGGAAGCUCCUCCAGGAGGACGAGCCGGAGAGCCGCAUUCUGAAAGCUGCUACACUGGACGUGCGGGUACGCCGCGGUCCGGACUGGAAGUGGCACAAUCAAGAUGAGGAAGGCCUCGGCAUGACGGUCGACGGCACCGACCGCGCACCGGGUUGGGUGAUUGUCGAAUGGGAUCAUGGCCUGCGCGCAAAGUACCGCGUGGGUGCGGAGGGCAAGUACGACCUGAGGCUUGUGGGCCGAGUUACUUCUGUACUGGUGCAGGGUGCUGGAGGAGUGGGUGACUCUUGCAACGGACGCUACCACAUUGAGGGCUGCUUCAAUGGAAAGCCAAAGUUCAAGAAGCAGGGGGGCUCUGCAAUCAUGUACUACGCAGGCCGCUGGAAGAUCAAUCACCAGGAUUCCACCACUGGCUGGUACUACUGCUAUCCGGACUGCGACGUCCCAACGCCGCCAACGGGUCAUUGGUCAACCCAAGGCUAUUCGAAUGGAGAUGCUGAUCCUGCGCCGACUGUGCAGCUUCCAGUGCAGGAUGAGACGACGACGGCAGAUGCCAGCUAG